AUAUAAAGGUGGGUGAAUGGGGCUUUGGUUUCCUCGGAAGUGAUAUAGCAAGUAGCGAUGGGGAGGCAACCUUGCUGUGACAAGUUAGGGGUAAAGAAGGGGCCUUGGACUGCUGAGGAAGACAAAAAGUUAGUCAAUUUUAUUUUCACACAUGGCCAAUGUUGUUGGCGCGCCGUUCCUAAGCUCGCUGGACUUCGCCGCUGCGGCAAAAGUUGCCGUCUCCGCUGGACUAAUUACCUCCGCCCAGACUUGAAGAGAGGCCUUCUCAAUGAAGCUGAGGAAAAUUUAGUCAUUGAACUUCAUGCGCUUCUAGGCAAUAGAUGGUCCAAGAUCGCAUCAAGAUUACCUGGGAGAACAGAUAAUGAAAUCAAGAAUCACUGGAAUACCCACAUCAAGAAAAAGCUUAUUAAAAAGGGAAUUGAUCCAGUUACACAUAAGCCUCUCAAUAAAAUACAAGAACCAACUUCUCACAACACCACUUCUAAUGAUCAACCCAAUUUUAGUGCUGCAGAGAAUCAUAAGCAAGAAUUAUUACCAAAUAAUAAAAACAGUGACCAUAUUCAUGCCUCCUCUUCCAACUCCUCCGGCGAUAACUCUAAUACAACAACUGAAUCAUCUGAAACAAACAGCUUUAGUGAUCCGUUGAUGGAUUAUAUAUUAUCGGAGACAUUUCUUGAAGAUCAUUCGAAUUGGAAUUUUCCAGUCACUCGAGAAAAUCAAUGUUGUGAACUUGGAUUAAUACCUUCACCAAAGGAUUUUGAAGAUGAUGAAUAUUUUCGACUUGACUGUUUCAAUGAAAUGGACUACUUGAAUGUGUUAGACAUGGAUGACAAUCACUAAUGAGGCUGGAGCUUAAUUAAUUAAAUGGAGAAAAAGAACAACUCUAAGUUAAUUCAUUUCUUGAAUUUCAACCUUCUUCUUUUUUUCUUAA